AUGUGGUCUGACAUGGUUCCUCGACAAUGGCUUCUGAAAGCCUAUUUUCUGACUGGCUCGCUUGGUUUUGUGACGUCAGCUGUCGGAGUAGAGUCGGCAAAAAAUGACUUCGCGUUCCAGCGUGAAAUCGACCGCCUAUUUGCGAUAACAGAGGUAGAUUCUUUCGGGCCGUCGACUCGAGCUCAACAUACCACCUUAUUUAAGAGUAAUGCCAGAGCUCGAGCUCUUGGCGAGCAGUAUCUGAGUCGCAUAUCUGCUGCCAUUAAUACAGCACGAAGACCACGACUAGGUUUGAAACAUCGACCGUUCCCUGAGGCAGUGAGACAGGUGUUGAUGACAAUACCAGAGAGUGGAUGUGCAACCUUCGUGGGCGUCUGUAACAUCACGAACAUCUACCGCUCAUCCGACGGCAGCUGCAACAACCUCGCCAAUCCAACAUGGGGGAUGUCUGACACACCACGGAGACGCUACCUGACUCCUCAAUAUAAUGACGGAAUACGCAGUCCACGCACCCGAGGUUUCCUUGGCGAUCCCCUACCCAGUGCCCGACUGGUCAGCACCAUUGUCCACACCCCUGACGACAAGAUCCCGAAGCUGAAGUUCAUCUCCCACAUGCUGAUGCAGUGGGGGGCCUUCCUGGUGUUCGACACAACAAGCACGCCACUCAGAUCAGGCGCUGAAGACCGUCCCCUGACAUGCUGUUCAGAAGAUGUCCCAGUUCUCCUGAAAGGAAUCCUUGACCCUUCUCUCAGAGACGGUUGUUUCCCGAUCAGCAUCCCCCGUGGGGACAGGUUCUUCAGUAGGAGAUGCAUGAACUUCCCCCGAUCGAUCCAGAUAGACAAUACGAAGUGCACAGGAGUGCCAGCCGAGCAGGUUAACCAACAAACCGCGUAUAUCGACGCCUCACAGGUGUAUGGGCCUACCGCUGAAGAGACUGCGCAGCUCCGGACCAUGGUUAAUGGUUUGGUGCAAGCGGCUACAACGGACAACCAAGCAGGUCAGGAACCAGUUAACGGUCUGACCAGCCUGAUCAGCUUACGAAUCGUCUUCAGGAGAGAGCACAACAGAAUUGCCCGCUCUCUCAAGAAGAUCAACCCACACUGGACUGACGAAACGCUGUUUCAAGAGACAAGGAAAAUCAUUAUAGCCAUCUCCCAGAAGAUCACUUAUAACAAUUACCUUCCUAUAGUUCUGAACAAGUACGCCCUCGACAAGUAUAGGCUGACGUCACCCAAAUCUGGAUACUAUGACGUUUAUAACAGUUCCACUGACGCCGGCAUCGUCAACGCAUUUUCAACGGCAGCGUUUCGAUUUGGGCACUCUAUGGUGAGGUCCCUGUUCAGCAGACUGAGGCCUGACUUCUCCUUGAAGGCGCAGGAUCGUUUGUUCCAGAUGUUAACAAGCACAGCGCCAGUAUCGUCCAGGACCGGGGUAGCAGUAAAUGAAUAUUUGAGGGGUAAGUUGGUGGACGGAAGUAGCCAGGUUGACCGCUUCAUGCCCAGGGAUCUGACAGACAAGCUGUUUAUAUUGAACGGUAGCAGUCUAGAUCUGGCUGCUGUGAACAUCCAACGGGGCCGGGACCAUGGCUUGCCGGGAUACACGGCCUACAGAGAACUGUGUGGGCUACCAGGGGUCUUCAGCUUCCGACCUGCUGUGGGCGGACUCAUCGACCAUGAUCCUCACACUGCAGGACUCCUCCAAUCUGUCUACAAGCAUCCAAAUGACAUUGAUCUGUUUACUGGAGGACUCUCAGAGAAACCAAUCCCAGGAAGUUUGGUUGGACCUGUGUUUACUUGUUUACUGGGUAGUCAGUUCUCGGCCUUGAAGAGAGGGGAUCGCUUCUGGUAUGAGCUCAGUGACGCUGUCACGAGGUUUACGCCUGGUGAGUAG